AUGCCGACAGCCACGUCAAGUGGUGCCGCCGCAGCGGGCAGCAGUAACGGUGCUGGUGCGGGUAGCGCGGCUUCUGGGGCGACUGUCACGUCCACGCCGUCCACGCCGGUUAAGGUGCCGUCGGCGGCUGCGAGUUAUACGCCGGCUACCCUCGACCCGGACCUGCGCUCCCAGAUCAACAUGGUCCUCAUCCGCGACGGCCACGUCGGCCGAAUCCAAGACUACCUCUUGCACAUCCUCAACGCCGACACCUCCAACUGGCCGGCCACCGUGCAGGCGCAUGCCCUGCAACUGCUCCGGUCGGGCGAGUUCUCCAAUUUUCCGGCGCUGAUGAACCGCAUCAUGGACGACAUCCGGCACGACACCAGUACGGCCGCCCAUGGUGCGGCCAACGGCGCCGCCAGCACGAACGGCAACGGCAACGGCGCCGCAAAUACCAAAGUAAAACCGGGCCAGCCGGGGUCGCUGGCGCUGCCGCAGAGCGUGAUUGACGAGGCGUUGCGGGCGACGCGGGAGAGCUUGGACAUGGUGUGCGAGAUUGAGGACGCGAGGGCAACCGUGUCGCCCCCCGACACCGGUGAGGUCGACGGCGACUACGAAGACGAGGAAGACGAGGAAGACGAGGAAGACGAGGAAGACGAGGAAGACGAGGAAGACGAGGAAGACGAGGAAGACGAGGAAGACGACGAAGUCGAGGAAGAUGACGAAGUCGAGGAAGAUGACGAAGACGAUGCGGACGGCGAGUAUGGCGUAUGGAAUGGGUCGUGCUUUUAA